CAGACUGAACGCUGUGCCCUAUCAUUCCAAGAUGGCGGACCUCCUAGGCUCAAUCUUAAACUCGAUGGAGAAGCCUCCAACAGUCGGAAACCAGGAAAGCCGACGAAAGGCUCGAGAGCAAGCAGCAAGACUCAAGAAGAUGGAGGAACUUGAGAAAAGAAAGAAAGCUGAGUUCCGGAAAAAGAUGGAGAAAGAAGUGUCAGAAUUCAUUCAAGACAGUGCACAACAGAAACGGAAAUACAAUCCUAUGGGGAAGAUUGAGAGGAGUAUAUUGCAUGACGUUUCAGAGGUGGCCGGUCUGACUUCUUUUUCUUUCGGGGAGGAGGAGGAGAGCCGUUACGUCAUGCUUUUCAAGAAGGAGUUUGCUCCAUCAGAUGAGGAGCUGGAAGCCUAUCGAAAUGGAGAGGAAUGGGACCCCAAGCUGGCAGAGCAGCGGCGCAGACUCAAGGAACAGGCCGCGUUGGAAGAAACAGCAUCCAGUAAGACAAAGAAAACUGAAAUGUGUCCUAACACCAACUACAGGGACAAGUACGUCCACCUGAUCGGCACCUCGGCUGCCAAAGAUGCAGCACACACACUAGAGGCCAACAGGGCUUAUGGCUGCGUGCCGGCAGCAAACAAGAGAGACAAACGCUCCGUAGAGGAAGCCAUCGACCAAAUCAGAGCGAAGAAACGGCAGAAGCAGGAGGAAGACUCGGGGGCGCCCAGCAGCAGCUCCUGAGACUCCACCAUGUUUAUGUCUACCAUUUUGUGUGUGUGUGUGUGUGUGUGUGUGUGUGUGUGUGUGUGUGUGGAUGUGUGGGCGCAUUAGUGUGUCUGUGACCAUUCUGAUUCAUUCUAUAAUGCAAUACCUUGUAAUUCAGACAUUUAAAAGUAUAACUUAUAUUACAGGCGGUAUGUCACUCUGAAUGUGUUGAAAUCAUGAGAUUGUGUUUAGUGGAGGAUGCUCAGGUGAGUCUAAAUCCAGGAGCUGGAUUUUUUUUAAGUCUUUAAUGUUUGUUUGGGACUUUCUCGCAGUUGUCAAGCUUCUCUCACACAAUAGGAUCCGAUACAUUUUGACAAAACAGGAUUUCAUUUUAAAACAAUGUUUCUGGGAUGUUUGAUGCAGAUUUGCGUCUACAGUCCCAUGUGACAUUUUUUAUCAAUAAAGUAUUUACAAUUUUAAGCUAUGGCCAGGCCGGAUGCACAUUUUAGGCAAAGCAUGACUGCAGUCAGUGUUCCCAAAAUCCAGUGCGGCUUUUAAAAGGGAAACCGGAAUGCCCUUUUAUUUUUUUCACCUGUUUCAGAUCUUUGUAAAUUUGGACAUUCGCAUGCCAUUUCCUCCAUUUCAAGAGGAAUCUCCUUUUAAGAAAAUCCAAUAUUUUGUGGAUUUUAGACAUUUGUGAUUUCGCCUGAGAUGUUCUUUGUCUUGAUGCAUCUGCACUGACUGUGAAUUAAGCUGUUACUCCAAACUAAAUGUUUUCUUAUGAAGCCAGGUGACGGCUUGCAAUAGGCAUCACAGCAGGGAGCAGAGGUACCAGACUCAUCGUAGGAACAUUGGUCACAUCUGUUUUGUUUGAUAUCUUAAAGUUUGUUCCUUGGCAUCUUGUUUAUUUUAACAUGGUAGCACUGUUUUAUUCCCCUCGUGUGUAAUUAAAUGGAGAACAAUAUAAGAA